AUGAACGGGACCCUUCUGCCGUUCCUCUAUCCGUGCCUCCAGACAAACAGAGGCAAUGCGCCACGAGCCUUGAGGCGAUGGCUACAAGCAGCACGGCUGAACAGAAACACCCAAUGUCUAUCCACACGACAAAUCGCAACAGUCUCCAGCACCCAAGGCGGCCAUGAAGAUGAAAACCUCGACGACACACCAGAGAGCGAACUUGAUCGUCUAGACCCACCGCCAGACUCAUACUCCAUCACACCCUUCAACGACCGAGCAUCGAUCGUGCUUCACGCAGGCUCAGGAGGCCACGGCUGCAUCAGUUUCCUGCGCGAGAAGUACAUCGAGAACGGCCCUCCCAAUGGCGGCGAUGGCGGAACAGGAGGAAGCAUCUACAUCCAAGCCGUCCAGGGCGAGACCUCACUGCACAAACUCGCCCGACGAGGAAUCAUAAAAGCCGGCCGAGGAAGAAACGGACAGGGAAAAGGUCAGGGAGGCACAAGAGGCGAGGAUGUCCUGAUCACAGUGCCCGUGGGAACAAUCGUGCGCGAAGUGUGGCGACACGAUCCCAUCGCCGAGCAGGAAGUGGCAGACAUGCGCGAAAAGGCAAUGGGCGCAGACGCAGUCUUUGACGAUCAACCAGGCCUUGUCGACAACACUCGCAAAUGGAGACGAGACAGGUGGCUGCUCUUCCCAGGCGCCAUGCCCCAGUCAUUCACUUCAGCCGACUUUCCUCCCCUCCCUCGACCAAGGAGAUCAAACAUCGCAAUGGCCCAGCCCCCAGCUCCCAUCCGCCUAGACUUAGACGCACCCAUGGAAACACCCCAAUUACUUGCAGCUGGCUCAAUGGGCGGACUCGGCAACCCUCAUUUCGUAACAAAAUCCAUCACCCGCCCCAAAUACGGCACAAAAGGCGACGAAGGCAUGAAGCUCGAAAUCCAACUCGAGCUCAAAAUCCUCGCAGAUGUCGGUCUAGUGGGUCUGCCCAAUGCAGGAAAAAGCACUUUAUUGCGUGCCAUCACCAACUCUCGCGCUCGCAUCGGCAACUGGGCCUUCACAACCUUGCAACCAAACAUCGGCACCGUGGUUCUCGACAACCACAAAGGCCGCCCUCUAGUCCCUACCUCCGAGAACAAAACCGGUCCUCGCCGCACAAAUUUCACCAUAGCCGACAUCCCCGGUCUAAUCGAAGACGCCCACCUAGACCGCGGUCUCGGUCUUGGUUUCCUCCGGCACAUCGAGCGCGCCGGCAUCCUAGCCUUCGUAGUAGACCUCUCAGCCGGCGACGCCAUCACCGCCCUCAAGGGCCUCUGGAAAGAAGUAGGCCAAUACGAAGCCCUGCGCGACCGCGAAGUAAACGCCGAAUCCGAACGCCGCAUCGAAGAGCAAAAGGAAAUGGUUCGCUACUCACCCCUCGUCAAACCCGACCCUGCACUGGCCAUUUUCGGCAAUGAUGGCGAAAACGUCCUUUUCAACGCUGAUGGCUCGCGCGCGUUGCCUGAACUCAAAUUACCGCCUAUUUCUUCAAAGCCGUGGUUGGUCAUUGCGACUAAAGCUGAUUUGCCAGAGACGAGGGAGAAUUUUGCGAUGCUGCAAAAGUAUAUGAGGGAAGUUGCUGCAGGUGAGAGGGAACAUCCUAGUGGUAAGAAGAAUGCUUGGAAGAAGAAGUUGCAUGCUAUUCCCAUCAGUGCCAAAUUGGCGCAGGGCGUGGAGAGAAUCACGCCUAUUGUUGUUGAUUUGUUGGAGAAUUGA